CGCUCUUAGCAAAGUCUCCGACGUCGACAUUGAUCCAGAGGGAAAGUUUAAAUACAUAUUAGUGAACAUAAAGGUUAAAGGUGGAACGGAGCAAAAAGUGAUCGUGAGGGGAACUAAAACAGCGGAGUACCACAGGAUACGGGAAGGCCGACCAUGCUGUCACAGUGGAAAAGCUCAAAUCUGUCUUCAAAGACUAUGAAAUCAUUAUGGAAUAAAAUACUAAUGUGAUCACUUGAAAUAAAAUUAUAGGACAUUAAUAUUUUGUUGAAGUACACAAUUUGAUAACACUUCAGCUAUCCCUUAUUUUCAUUUGGAUAAAAAAUUAGGCUGAUGAGAUGGUAAAUAAAUGUUCUCUGAUCUGUCAGCAGUGUCAAAGUUGAGAUUAGAUGGCUGACCUUGAUAGCGAGGUCUAACUUGCACAGGAACUCUGCGUGUGUUUUACAGGGUGAUAAACAAUUCCAGUUUCCUGUCUCCUGUCUCCAUCAUGGAAUGUGUCUGUGUUAGAGAUCAGGAACAGAUAACAGAGUGUAUGUAUGAUUAAUGGUAUGUAUAAUAAACUUGAUAAUGGACUUCAUUAAGAAAUUUGGCAUUGAGAUUCAAACAUACAAAUUUUAUGGAUCCAUAUUUGGUAAGAAAACAUUUAACUGAACCAGUCACUAUGUUUUCACUAUUACAAUUAAAUUGAAAAAGCUUAUUAUUGUGUAAAGGCUUACAUUUAUAUAAUUAUAGUGCAUAUGCAAAAUGUAAUAUGUUAUUUAAAUAGCUAACUUAAUAUGGAUCUUAUUUUACAGAUGGCUUGUGUUAAGAACAUAAGUGAUUUUUCCAUCCUGUUUCUUAAGUUAAAGUCUUUAGCAGUUUCCUGUAGCCUACCGUAAGACCCUGAAUAUGACCCUCAUUGUCUAUUUCCAUUAAGAGGUUAAAUGAGAGCGCUUACACAGCACAAAAUACUAUUUUUACAAUAAAUACUGUAUUCAUUGUUCAAUUAAAAUUAUCCUGAAAGGUGCCAGUGCCAAGUGUCUUGAUUUUUAGCAGAGGCCUUCUCAAAAAGGAAAAAAUGUUUGAUAGCAUUAUACAGUGUCAAUGCCACAGCUUCAGUAGUAAUUCAUUUUAAUUCAAGGUAAGCAUUAUUUUUAUUUAUUUAAAAAAAAAAAACAAUGUAGUAAGGCAGAACAAUGAAAAGUGCUGUAAUUUAUUGCGUUUUAAUUUCCCUGUGAAUUUAUAGUGCACAUUUAUAGUGUCUAUUUGAACAUAAUGGGGAUGUAUUUGGAAGUUCCUGUUGAUGUUAAACCCCAUCAUAGCCUUCUGUUAAUAGGCUUUCAUCUUCCUUAGCAUGUGUUUGGCACAAGCAUUUGCACUUACCGUCAAGGAUGUUAAAAGAAACAACUGAUAAUUUCACUUUGAAUUCGAGAGGUGUGGAGUAUAGUUGAACACAAUAUUGGCAGCCAGCGUAUGUUUCCAGAUAGUAUUCUGGUAAUGACUUUGAUGAGUGUAGGAAAGUGUAGUCCCUGUUCCUGCACUCACUUACAGUAUUUUCAUUCUUCUAAAUGUAUACUGUAGUCAAUCAGUCUUCAUCACAAUUUAAUAUGAUUAUGAGGACGUUGAAGAUGUGUAGCCAUUUAAAAAAAAAAAUUUUUUUUUCGUGGUGGUGGUGGUGGAGUCAAGAGCAUAUCAGAUACUAACAAUGUAAGAAAUAUUCUUAAUAUCACUAUCCCCAACAUAAAACCAAAUACUUUAUAUAUUAGAACAGAAACACUUAAAUGUUUUCCUUGGGUUUUUUUUUUUGUUGUUGUUGUUUUUUUUUUUUAUAAUUUACUUUUGCUUUUUUUGCGGAGCUCCAUGAGUGAACUUCAGUGCGUUUGAGGCAUUUUUGAUUCUGUGAUUAGGAUGGUCCACAUAGAAAUUAAGCUUGUUUGGGGGUGGGCGGGGACAGUAUUCAUGACACUAUAAAAUAGUGCUACAACACCUUACUGCAGUGUGGCUGUGUGGUAAUUUGGUGGCUGUAAUAAUGGGGCUUAUGAACUGUGUGCUUGAGCUUUUAGCGCUGGUUGCAUUUGAUCAUGUGUACAGUGCCAGGCCAAUGGCUCAAGUGAUUCAGCCUCGGGUGCUGAGUCAAGAUCCUCAAACAGUUGAUUGUCCACUUGGGGAGCAAUUGAAUUCAAUCCAAAGUUCUAAUGGAGUUCAAUCUCCGAAGCCCCAGCUAGCCCCGGUUACUUCAAAUCUGGCCCCUUUGAGUAUUCAGUCCAAACAAGAAUUGCUGGGCCCAGUCAGGGAGCUGGCUUGGAAGUUCCCAAAGGUCCAAGAAGAGCCAGUACAGCCAGAUUUUAACUUUGAGUUGCAGCAGCCUAGGCCUUCUGACAGUGUAGCAGUCCAGUGUUGGGAAAAUAGAGUGCAUGUGGAAGUGAAGCAGGACUUCUUUUGUAAUGGGCAGCUGCUUGAGCCCUCUUUUUUAUCUCUAGGGGGCUGUGGUGUGGAGAGUGUGGAUGCAACUGCCAGAGUCCUGAUCUUUCACUCUGCGCUUCAGGAGUGUGGUAGUCAGCUUUUGGUGACUGAGAAUGAGCUUGUCUAUACCUUUACCCUUGAUUAUAGACCAGCUACACUACAAGGCACCCCGAUUUUAAGGUCCAGUGGUGCUACAGUUGGUAUUGAAUGCCACUACCCCAGGAGACACAAUGUGAGUAAUGAAGUGCAGCCAGCUUGGAUCCCAUAUGCAUCUACCCAGAUUGCAGAGGACAUUCUUGUUUUCUCCCUGAAGAUCAUGACUGAUGACUGGAUGUUUGAAAGGCCUUCCGCCGUUUUCUUCCUGGGAGAUGUCUUAAAUAUUCAGGCAUCUGUGAAGCAGUACAACCACAUUCCCCUUCGUAUAUUUGUGGACAGCUGUGUUGCCACUAAAGGCCCUGAUGUGAAAUCUGCUCCAAAGUAUUCUUUUAUUGAACACCAUGGUUGCCUCACUGAUGCAAAGUAUACAGGCUCCAUCUCCAAAUUUCUGCCCAGAGUGCAUGAUGACAAACUCCAGUUUCAACUGGAGGCCUUUAGGUUCCAACAAGAAAGCAGUGGUGCUAUUUACAUCACCUGUCUUCUAAAAGCAAGUGCCGCUUCGGUGCAGGUUAAUGAAAAUCACAAGGCUUGUUCUUUUAGUGCAGAUGGAUGGGUUUCUUCUGAUGGAAGGGAUGAGGUAUGUGGCUGUUGUGACACAAGCUGUGGAUUGACGACUGAUAGCGUUUUAAGCGAAGUUCCUGGUUUCCAGUGGGAAGCAAGAGCCCAGGUUGGCCCUCUCCAGGUCCGGGAAAACCAACUUCAAGCCAAAAAUGUGUGUUUUGAAAAGGUUUCCAUAAUGUCUCAAGUGACCCUUUUGGAUGAAGUCUCUCGAUGGGACCAGGAGACCUGUCAACAAGAACUCAAAACCGUCCUGCCCAAACUAAUUGCCAUGCAUCAUGACACUGACGGCUGGGAAGAGCACACAAAUAUUCUUCAGACGAUCACAAGCAGGUUCCUCCCUCAUCUUUCUUUAUCUGAUUUGGAGAAGGAGUGUUUCUCCACAGUUUUACCCAAGGUGGUAAAAGUGUUUGCCAGUCUUUUGGAAGAAAUCAGCAAGCAAAUUGGAGGCCUUUCUAGUCAAAACACAGAGCUGCAUGUGUUUUUGAGAAAUAUCUUGAAGAUGAUGGUCCAGACCCUAGAGUCUCUCUCUGGCUGUGUACGUCAUGUCUGUUCCUUCGAGGAGUCUGUUUCCUUUGAUACCAUUCGCUCUCUGCCCUCUUGCAUCCUCAGAGUCCUAAAGGACACCUUCCAGCACUGCAAGAACAGUGAGGUCAUGUACAGUGGAAGGCUGUCAUUGGUGGGUGAUCUGCUUCAGGGCCUGUUUAAAGAGGCCUAUUCUUUGCAGAAGGGCCUGAUGGAACUGUUGGACAAAAUUAACUUGGAGGACACUGCUUCUGAGGAGGAAGUGUCAGAUAUUGUCACAGUGAUUCACAGUCUGCUGGACAUAUGCUCGAUCAUAUCUGGAUUGGACAUUGCGCUACAUGCCAACUCAUGGAAAUUUAUCAUAAAACAGAGCGUGAAGUACCAGUCUCUAGUAGAAGAUCGGCUUCGCCAUACUGACAUAGCCUUCUCUUUGUGUGAAGACCUGUAUACAUCUGUCCAGAACUGUAUUGAGCUGGCCCAACAGAUCCAGCAGGCAGGACUACAGGAAAUUGUGCACUGUCCAGAAUACAAGCUUUUCCAAAAAGCCACAAAAAUGUGUAGGUUUUUUGCCAACACAUUAGUCCACUACACAAAGGAAUUUAAAGAAUUUCUUGCCAAGUCAUGCCGUCGAUUUCACCAGUUGUAUCUCCAAAUCCACAGCAAGUUCCCUCCCUCUGUGUGUGCCCCGUUUGUGCCCUCUGCCCUCAGUGAGGAGUUGAGAGUGGCGGUUCUGGUUCCCAUGGAUGUCAUGCUGACACAGCUGCUCUCUUUCCAUCCCUUUGCAGAAUCUGUCCUGGACCCAGAUCUCCAGUCCAGUACAGAAUUGUGUCUACCACAGUGUCUGCUACUGGUGAGUGUACUGGGUAAACUCUCCUCCCAGCCAGAAGAGGCGAUGCGGCUGUGGAGUGAUGGCAGUCAGUUUUCGGAGGAAACUCCCAGAUGGUCUGUGUUUGAGGCAGUGUUGCAUAGUUUUCGGCGGUGUAUGUUGGAGCGUGCCGUGCCGGUGUGGUUGCCGGGAGUAAUGCUUCAUGGCCAGGCUCAGGGUAGAGUCAGCCUGCACCAGCAUGUGUGUGUGCAUAUGUGUGCUUGUGUGGCUGUUCUGCCCACUCAACACUUCGCACCAUUGGAGCGGUCACUUUUAGCCGCCGUAUUGCAGGCAGACAUGCAGACGGCUGUCUUGGCAACAGAUGUCUGGUGCUUCCUGGCACGGUAUGGCACGGCUGAGUUAUGUUUUCAUCAUGUUCUCCUUAUUGCUCACCUGAUAAGGUCAUGUCCUGGAGAGGGUUAUCAGAUGUUUCACUUGGCCCUGCUGCUUAGACGUCUGCUAUUUCUCAUGACACCCAAGCACCAGGUGGAGUUUGUAAAGCGCUUCCCUCCCGCUCAGGAGGAGAACCUGUGUGUGUGGCGCCACACUCUGCUGAGGUGUCUGUGUACAGAGGCACGAAUGCGGGUGGAGGAAGAGGUGCUUGCCGGGGCUUCUGUUGUGCUGCAGGAAUUGGAGAAUAGCGGCUACAGGAUGGGAGAUAUACCGAGACUUAACCAGAUUCUAGGCUGUGUGCUGAUGUUGAUGGGAGGGAGCGACCUACAGGCUGAAUGUGUGGGGUCUUCUGUGAAGAUCAUCUCUCAGCUGUGGAGUCGCAUGAGUAGCAAUCAGGUGCAGGUUCAUCCACCUCUCCAGUGCACUGUGAAGUUACUCCUGUCAAUAUCAGCUGUCCUGAUCAAAAGUGUAGAUCAACAUGUCAUUGUUCAGGCUGUUUCCUGUUUGAGCGGGUUGACUAUCCAGAAAUGCCCAGAUGACCUACUUUUAGCUGCUUUGGAGUUCCUUGCUUCACUGGGAAAAGUAUUUAUUUCUCCCAAUAUUCAGUGCCAAGUUUUGCCUAGAAUCAGUGGUCUGUUCAAUGGUCUCCUGACUCACCCAUCCUGGCUGAUACUCCAUCAUGUCCUCGAGGCCUUUGGCCUCUUUGCAGAGAUAACCAACCAUGAGGAAGUGAUUUCUCAAACAUUGACAUCAGAGGAGAUCAAAACCAAAGUGUUAAACUACCUCAGUAAGAUUGUCUCACACCAGGAAUCUGAGGAAGCAAGACUCGGACGUCUGAAGGAGUGGAGGAGUGUAAUAGAGAAACACUGUGAGCGAAUGGAGUGUGAGGACAACUCACCUGUACAACCGCCACUUACUGAAGAGCCAUGUCCGAAGAGGGCAAGACAAGAGACCAAAGUAGAAGAGGAGCUUGAGAGAUACCUCCAGACAGCAGAAAGUGCCUUGAAAGCCCUGCAGGCAAUAGUGGGGCCAGGCCACAACCCAUCCCCUCCACAGUGGGUCAGGACCAGACUUGAGGUCUUACAGACACUGAUAACUCAAAUCAACACCACUACAGUAGAGGAGCACUGAUUCAACCACAACAACACCUCUACCUCUGGCUGCUUUUAACCUACGCUGCCUUUUUGUUCCAUGUCACUACAUUUGCUGAAGUCACCCAAGAUAUUUGUAUAGAAGUUUUUUUUUUUUUUAUAAGGAAAAGUGUCACUCCAAAGACCAAAAAAUUGUUUAUUAAAUAAACUUCAUUAAAAUAUGUUUUGUUGA